GUGUUAAGCGAAGCAAUCCUAGAGCAAUUUAGUUGCAAGAAACAAAAGUUGUGUGGAGAUUGCUUCGUGUAACAGGGCCCCUACUUCCAGUGAAGGGAAAUCUUAAUGCUACAGCAUACAGCGACAUUCUAGAGUGGUGUGCUUCCACCUUUACAUUUUAGGGCAGGUCCUGUUUCAGCAUUACAAUGCCCCCGUGCACAAAGCGAAUCCAUAAAGAAAUGGUUUGCAGAGUUUGCUGUGGAUUAACUUGACUGACCUGCACAGAGCCCUGACACAACCACAUCGACAUCGACAACCCCACCUCAUUUACGGGAAAUGGUGGGUGGGUUGUAGUUCUAGCAGUGGAAACAUCGUGCGAGGCUCUCUCUUCACAGCGACACCAUCGACAACGAAAAUGUUUUCAAGAUGUUUAUCGUAUUUGUUUGUCGUCGGGAUCCUGAGGUGCUCGGAGAGUCUGAACUCGGUUAACAGCGAGUGCGGAGAAAAUAUCACUCUGCCCUGUGAUGCUACCCGUCGCUCUAAGCAGUACAGGUCCGUCACUUGGUAUAAGGUGAGCGGUACUCGAACCGGGAUUAUCAGGAAAGCUCAGGACAGAGUGCAGCAGUUCAAGGCUGCACGGAUGGCCGAGUUCGGACAUGACGAGAGCCUGUUAGUCCCCGGUGUUAGGCCUGAGGACUCGGGGGACUACGAGUGUUUUCUGUCUGCAAAUGUGGGUGGCGAGAACAAAGAAUCAAAACUCCAUCUCAGCGUGUCAGAAUGUGUCACCCCUGCUGAUACCACCCUUGCUGACACCACCCCUGUUGAUACCACACCUGCUGCUUUGGUUACUUUGACUGGCAUGAUGUCCUGCUUCACUGCUCCCUGCAUGGACCAGGUGGUGGAGGUCUCCCUGGUUCUGGUCGUAACCAGUUUUUCAGUCAUUGCCUUUGUCAAAGUCAUUUUGUCCAUCUUUUCGGUCUGGGUAAGCAUAAUCUUCAUAAUGACUUUUUCUGUAAAAUACUUUCUGCCUCAUUUGAGGAAAAUUCUGUACAAAUAAAGUUGUUGUUCUUUGGUAUUAUUAUAUUGCCUUACAUGCAAGCAAUUGAAGUUUCUAUCUGGGAGCACUGCAGAGAGGCAGGUGCUUGUUAUUGAAGUUGUUAUUCACUUUUGAUUCUUUGCUUUUGAACUAGUGGUGGGAAAGCAAUUUGUCAUGAACAACAUAAAGGGUGGAUCUACAGCUCCUCCCAUUUUUGAUCUCAAAGAUCCUCCCAUUUUUGGCCUCAUUCCCCCAUAAAUGAUAUGACACCAUUUCACGGUAGAUUGUUUACAAGAGAAUUAGCCCUGAAAUUCAUCUUUUCAAAAUAGCUGACGGGAAAGUUAGUUAGUUGCCUUUUAUUCAGAAUUAGGACAAAUAACUUAGACCAAGGGUGUCCAGUCCAAAAAGUGUCGGUGUGGGUACAGAUUUUUGUUUUCGCCCAGCACUACAAUAAUUAACUAAUGAACUAAUUAGCUAAUUAACUAAUUAAGGUCUCCAAUGAAGAUAAGUUAAGUGGAAUCAUGUGCAGACCUGCCAACCUGCACGCAUUUUGUGUACCAACCAAUUCUUGGUUAAAAAAAAACGCAUGUACGAAAUGCCAACUGAAACUACGCAAAAAAAAUAUAUAUAUAUUAUUCUAAUUUUAUUACGGAAAACAAUCAAUCAAUACAAAAAAUACCGUACAUUAUUCGGUAUUUAAACUACAUCCCUCUGAUUGGACCAGAUACGACCUUGUGCUUGUGGUUCUGUAACUCCUCCCCGACCCACUCAACAUCCACUGAUACGCAGCGGUACUUUAUUAUCCACCGAGGCGUAACGCUGCAUAGCUGAGGUAAAAUGAGAAGUGGGAGAGUAAUAAUCAAGCACAAAAAUGUGACCGUAGUGUUAACAUAUAAAACGUUAAAACAUGUUCGGUAACGAGAUGAUGCAUUUCAAGGGGUAUAUCCUAACGAGAUAAAUUUGUGUAUAUAGUUAGCCGUAGUAGUAGCUCGCAUACGAUUUAGCCUCGUUACGAGACGGCUACGGUGUGAAUAACUGAUGGAAUUAUUUAUCUGCAGUAACUCAAACGCCACGGAGACUUUCUGUUCUAAAUUUGAAUCGCGCACACUGUUGGAGCAAAAUAUCAGGAGCAAUGGCCGUACCUCCGCCCCUCAAAACUUCCGCACCAUGCAUUUUGCACAUUGUGCAUUUAUGAUUUUGACAUUAGCCACCAAGAAGCUUCAUGUAAUAAUUUAGCUAAACCUCUAAUUACAAAGGCCUACAUUCCUAGAUAAUUUUUCAACUGAAUACUUUUUUUCAUUAGCCCUAUAUGAUGUGUGCCUAUAUAAGCUGAUUCAAUUAUUUAAUUAUUAAAUAAAAAUGGAAAUCAUGAACAGAAACUUUUUUUUUAUUCAUAAAGGACAGUGUUUUACAUCGGGUUUUAUUUAUUUAUUUAUUUAUUUUGUUUACAUUGCAGCAUAAGUUUCUGUAAAUACUUGAAAAUGAAAACAUGUUACAAUAUACAAAAUAUUUUUUUGUAUUUUUAUUAAAUAAUUAAAUGCAAUUCACUUAUGGUUAUCAGUUUGUAUAAGCACACAUCAUAUAAUGAAAUAUUAAUCAUGAAAAAAUGGUUUUAAGCAGGUGUACUCAAACUUUUGACUUGCAAGUAUAUCAUAAUAUAGCCCAGUGCAGUGCAAGUGAUAUUUUAGAAUCAGGUCAAAUUAUACAAUCAUUAUACAUUAAUCAAUUAUACAGUCAAAACUAGAAUUAUGAAGAAAGGCUUGUGUGUGUGUGUGUGUGUGUGUGUGUGUCUUGCAGACUGUCGUGUGCAAAUCGAAGUGGUGCGAAAGCAUGUGAACUAAGCAUUACACUGACUAUUGUGGUACUCAAAAUAUUUUCCCAAGGUUGGCAGGUCUGCAUGUAUCUUACUGCUGGGCUAGAACAAAAACCUGCACACGGCCCUUUUCAGAUAAGAUUGGACACCCCUGACUUAAACAAUUGCUACAAGGCUUUUUUGAUCUACCUGUGGUUGAUAUUUAAGCCUAUUACGGACAGCGAGGCACUACUACUCCAAACCCACUGUGAGUUCCAGUGACAGUGGGUUUGCUACCGUAAGGCCGAGCUAGCGGUGCUUACCCCACCAGUGACAGUGCUUAACAGAGCUGGCUUACGGAUCACUGCCCUUCUGCCUUGUUGCUUCUGUAAUUUAUUAUACUUUUGUGUGUGUGCAUCAACUUUUACAUCAGGUCCUGCUCUUGAUCAGAAGAAGAGGAGAGAGACAGAGAAUGGACGACUGGUCGUAAGACCACUGGGGGGGGGGGAUGGACACGGACAAUCAAUCAGGCGUUGGGGAGGCAGGGGCGGGGUCACAUUCCUAUUUUUUUAAUGGAUGAAGCAAAUCAAGCAUUGUUGCAUAGGGAUUUAAGUUGAAUUUAACAGUGUUUUUAAAACCCAUAUGUGUAUGUUAAUGUGUAUUAUUUGCAUGUACAUACAUAUAGGUGGCUAACAUGUUGAUAAUAUAGUGUAUAUAAUGUCUUGGAAAAAAAUUAUAUUAAUAUUAUAAUUUAAUAUAAUAUUUUAUGUUAAAUUCUAAUAUUAAUGAUUGGCUAUGUUUAUAUUUGUACUUAGAUUUCAUUGGAUGUGUGGUGAUGAAAUGAACAUCUUGAGUCUUUCCAUAAAAUAUAUUUUUUUAUUAUUUAAAAAGAAUUCUCUAUUGUGAGUCAUGAUAGUAUUUGAAAUCUAGUAAGUUCUAUUUUUUAAAAUGCAAAGUGCCAGAAAGACCUCUAAGUGAUAAAUCGGUUAAAACCAAAUCGUUGUUUUUUAAUUAUGGUCAGUUAAAGAUGGCAGUAGGCUUUUUACGCAAUCUGUAAUGUCCAUGAUAAAAGAUAAUCCACCCAAAAAGACAGAAAAAUAAACGACUCCCUAUUUAAAUAAUUCAACUUAUUUUUAUUGUGUAAAAUGUAAUAUAAGAAACAUCUGUCUUAGAAAAACCCUUUACAAAAUGAAAUAACAGCAGAUGUGCAUUGACAAAAAGAAGCUAAGGAAGAAAGUUGGUGGUCUUGUUUAUUUAACUGUUGCUCACCAGUGCCACCUGCUGCUGUAAUAGGGUGUGUACAAGCAAUGUGACAACUUCCUCCCAGCAGACAUUUCUAUUUUCUGUAUGUUUUCAUAUCGCAUACUUCUUCAAACGCCUGAAAGAAAGUUUUGCCGUUGUCACUAACACUGCACACUCAUGUAUGCUGGUCCAAAUAUGUACUCACAUUUUACAUAUUGCCCCUGUGAAUUAGGCUGAUGUCCUAUUUUUUUCUGAACAUGUCCUGUUUUCGGGACUGAAAAUCUCUGAGGGUUGGGUUUACUAAUUGGAUAGAUUGUAAAUAAAUAAAUAAAUAAAUAAAAGGCCUAAUAUAAUUCUCACCAUGCCUACCCACCCAUUCUCUUUUUUGAAAACUCUUUUUUUGACUACCCAACUGUGAACUGUGGUUUUGUAUUGUGUGUAGCAGGUAUGCUAGCUGAUACAUUAGCACAGCAUCAUUGCUUCACACUGUUGCCCAUAUAAACCAGCAUUAUUCCACACUGUUGUGCCCCCAUACUGCCAUGAGCAUCUUUUAGUUUUAGAAAGUCUUUGCGUUGUGGAGGUAGCUUUGGGACAAUCAUAUAGGUAUAUCUGUACAAAGAUAGGUCAGCAGUAUGAUGGUGUUUACUGUUUUGCAAUCCUAAUUGUUGGUUUGUUUGGUUAACUUGGCAUUGAUUGAUUGUAAAUGUUCUUUCUUCUCCUUCUUUGUAUGAUGUCUGUAUUCCUGAGAGGACCACUGAUGUUGUCCACUUCUGCAAGUCACUCUGAAUAAGAGCAUCUUCUGAGUGAUCAUUAUGUAAUUGUCAUGUAAAAUAUUUUCAAGGACUUUAAAACAUUUUGAAAGUUAA